AUGUGGCUGGAUGACGUCGCUUCCGAACUGUCCUUCACCCAAGGUCUACUAUUAGGACAGCUCUCCAUCGUCAUCCUAAUCGGCGCCUUCAUAAAAUUCUUCAUCUUCGGCGAUCCUCCUUCCCCAGAUGUAUCCGCUGCCCUCCGCGCCACCGAACGUCGCUCCAGAACCCUCGCUCACAAAAGAUCUCUCCUCACUCUUCGCAGCUCAACACCACGCCAUGCUUCUCAAUCCCUAAAUCGCAAACGCUCUAGCGUUCUGCGAAACCCCGCGCCUCUAACCACUAAUGCUAUCCUGAGUAAAACAUACUAUAAUGUGGAUAGUCACCAGCCCGAAAGUCUAGAUUGGUUCAAUGUAUUGAUUGCGCAGACGAUAGCGCAGUUUCGGGCGGAUGCUCAACAUGAUGAUGCGAUUCUUACGAGUCUUACGAAGGCGUUGAAUGGGGGUAAUAGACCGGAUUUUUUGGAUGAGAUUAAAGUUACGGAAUUGAGCUUGGGGGAGGAUUUUCCCAUUUUCAGUAAUUGUAGGGUUAUUCCUGUGGAUGAGGAUGGGAUUACUUUGGGGAGGGAAGGGGGAGCUGCGGGUAGAGAACAUGGCAGGUUACAGGCGAGGAUGGAUGUGGAUUUGAGUGAUUUUAUUACAUUGGCCGUGGAGACGAAACUGUUGCUUAACUAUCCGAAGCCAUUGGUCGCAGUGUUACCUGUGGCAUUGGCGGUGUCGGUAAUGAGGUUUAGUGGUACUUUGUCGAUUUCUUUUGUUCCGGGGAGUCCAUUGAAUGGUAGUCCUACUACGUUGGCAUUCUGUUUCUUGGAUGAUUAUAGACUGGAUCUUUCAAUACGGAGUUUGGUGGGCAGUAGGUCGAGACUUCAAGAUGUGCCGAAGAUAGCACAGUUGAUUGAGGCAAGGCUACAUACUUGGUUUGAUGAACGAUGUGUUGAGCCUCGCUUUCAACAGAUUGAACUUCCAAGUCUGUGGCCGAGGAAGAAAAAUACUAGGGGUGGAGAGGAUUUGGAUACAGGGUCUGAGGCGGGAGGUAUUGGGAGAGCGAGGAGUAGAGACGUAGAGAGGGAUUUGAGGGAGGAGGCUAGGAAGGAGGUGGAAGCGGAAACGGGAGUUAGGGUGGGUAGGAGUAAAUUGGGGGUUAGUUUGGAUGUGCCGGAUGUGGGUUUGGAUGGGGGAAGUGAGGAGGGUCUGAGGUUUAGACGGAGGAGUAGGGGGAGAGGUGAUGAAUAUGCUAUGCCAGGGAGUAUGCCGGGUUUGAGUAUGGCUUAG